AAAUACAAAUGUUAGAGAUUUAAUAAAUGAAUGUCCCGAUGAGAAAUGCAUGACAUUAACACAACUGGCAGAACAUUACACAGUCACACAGUGUGUGUGUGUGUGUGUGUGUGUGUGUUUACUCCAAUUAGCCCUGUUACUCCAAUUAUGUUUGUUAAGAAUAGCCUGAAAUUAUAGUUUCACACUAUUACAAUGCCUGAGGACUGUAAUUGCAGGAACACACACACACGCACACACACACACACACACACACACACACACACACACACACACACACACUGACACAAAGAUAAACAUGCUCAUUAAGCUAAAGACCAAUGCAGUCGAAUGCAUAUUUUACAGUCUGUCACACACGUUUUAAUUAAACACACACUCGCCUCCAGCACUGUCGAUUAUCUACAAAUCUGAAUAUUUACAUUUUAUACAAUUCUACACUUUAUACAGUUCACACACAUUUCAUCAUCAUUCGCAGUCAGUUUAUUAAUACUGGAGGAAUCUGUUACAGAACCUCGUUAAAGUUCAGACAGAUGAAAUAAACUCACUCGGGUUGGUUUACUGAUUUCUGUAGUUUUGCUCUGUGAAGCUAAUGUAGCUAACACAGAAUGGAAGCUUAUAGCCACCAGUUUAGCGCUAAAUGUCUAAAUCAUCACAGCUAAACUAAAACAUUUUGUAGUUCCAUGAAAUAGCAGAAUAAGUUUGGGUUGAAAAUAAAUAAAUAUACAGAUGAAAUCAGACCUAGAUUAUAAUUCGAAUUUCUUCUAACUGCUGUUCCAUACACUCAUUAUAACGUCAUUUCAUCAACAAAUCUGCUGGAAUUAAAAUAGUUAAAUAAUUAACAGGGACAAAUGUACACAAAUGUUUCAGGAAUAUUACUGUCCUGUCCUGUUUUAGUUCAAGCUGAAUAAAAGUGCUUGGGCCCCGAUGAUCGCUGGGGUGAGUACACUGGCUUCAUACACCAUCAGAGCACACACACACACACACACGCACGCACACACACACACACACACACACACACACACACGACAUGCUGUUCGUACACACUCCACUCAAAAACAACAAAAUAUAAACAAAAACAGACUGAUAAUAUUAGCCAAUGAGCGUACAGCUGGGAGAUAAGCCACACCCACUUUUAGUCACAGGAAAUGAAAGUUUUGUGUGUGUGUGUGUAUGUGUGUGUGUGUGUGUAUGGACUUUACACACUGUCUGAAUCAAAAGAAGACGUUUAAUUGAAAGAAAUUUGGAUUAGAAUUCCUCCACGAUGCUGAAGGUCGGGUUCUCGUGUGCUAAAAACACACUGUGUGCUGUGAAUGCGGUUUAUCUGUUGGUGGGCGUGUCCCUCAUGGCAGUGGCUGCUUAUGGGAAGAGUUUUGGCAUCGUGUGGACUUUGAGGAUCAUCAGUGUGGUGAUGGUGGUGGGAGUCUUCCUCAUCUUCGUCUCCAUUCUGGGGAUCAUCGGAGCUCUGAGACAAAACCAGAUCGUCCUGUUCACCUACAUCCUGGCGAUGGCGUUAAUGUUUAUCUUCCAGUUCACUGCGUCGUGUUUCUGCCUCGCUUUAAGGAGAGAACAACAGGAGAAGUUACUCAGCAUGUCGUGGGAGAUGAUGAGUAAUGAAACUCGUCGGUCUCUGGAGCAGCAGCUGGAUUGUUGUGGUGUGAUUAACAGCGCUGUAAAGCAGCACGUCUUCCAUACAGAUGUGAACCUGUGCACAGCUGCGUGUAAAACAACAGCUCACUGCUUCACGUGUGGAGAUCUGAUGCUGCAGCACGCUGCAGAGACGCUCAGCUUCCUGGGUGGAGUCGGAUUAUUCUGCAGUUUCUCACAGCUCGUGACCAUGUGGUUGGCUGUUCGAUACAGAAACCAGAAGAACCCUCAGAUCAGCUCCAGAACCUCGUCAUAACCUUCAAAACUGUGUGCUUUUAAUUCUCCAUUUUUAUUCAGCUCAUUUUUGGAGUUUUAUUUUAUUAAUAUUUUAAUUUUAAAAAGAACUCACCUGAAAUCUGCUCUGUAGAUAAAGUUUAUCUGAUGGCUGUGUCUCAAACCACCCUGUUCACUACAUAGUGCACUAUUUUCCACUCUUAUGCUGGCUGUAGUUCCUGAUCUUUAAAUCCUGAUUAAUAAAAUAAAAGGUAAACAUGCAUAUGAUAUAUAGUAAGAUAUCUUAUAUAUAGUAAGAUAUAAGGUAUAUGAUAUAUAGUAAGAAUAUUUUAAAUGCUUUACAGAUAAAUAAAGGAAGCGCUGAAUUCUCACUGUGGUGGUUUUGUUUGUUACAGAUUUUUCCAUAUAUAUAAAGUUUUAAAGAUUACUGCAGUCUUAUUACUCUGACACUUUUCACUUACAGAGUUAAAUGUAAUGUAUUUUAACUAAAUUUAUAACUUUAUAAAUGUGCUUAUUGUUUUGCAUGACUUCAGAUCAUCAUUUGCUUGUAUGUAUAUUUCAUCUCCACUCCAGGAAGAUACGUGACUCAGCAUCUGGAGUAUUUACGGGAUAUUUUCCUUUUUUAAUAGAAUUU